AUGGCUAGAAUCACAGAACUGGAACAAACUGUGGGGGAAAAAGAUGAGCUUAUGGCUAGAAUUGUGGAAUUAGAGCAGUCUGCAAAGUCAAGUCAAACGGAAAAUGUUAAGCUCAAGGCCGAAAUUAAAGAAUUGAAACAAGCUGUUAAGAAUAUUAUGAAUCACAAACGAACUGCUACUAAUGAUUUAAAGUCUCCGGCAUGUUCCACUCCAUUGUCCAACAAUAGAGAAAAUGUGCAGGUCGUAGAUUCAUUGAAUCACCACGAAGCGGAUCAAUCCAUGACUAGCACUGACUUAGUAACUUUAGACACUUCAGAACAGGAUCAAGACCUAUCUUUAGUUAAUCAGGAUGCUUCAACGGGAUCUGAAAAGACAGUAAACUUAUUAUGUGAUGCAAAAACCGUAACAAAAUGUCACGAUCUUAACAAUUCUGAUACUACCUCCGAAAUACUUGAAUCAGACAAUCAAAUCGUAGAAGGUUUAAUACAAGAGAUGAUCUAUGAUCAAGCAGAAAAUAUUGUUUCUUCCGAAAUCAAUCCUUUAUAUUCAAAUAAUGAUGAGGUAAAUGCUACUGAAAUCAAUAAACUUUGUAUACAGGAUAUGGCUCCGGAUUCUGUGCAAAGUUUAUCAGACUUAUUUGAUAAAGCAAUUAAAUCGGGUCAAAAACAAAUUUUAAAUUGGUAUUAUUAUUCUUUAGAAUUCGAAAAUAAGGUUAAAAGCCUUAUAGCGGAUGGUAAGAUUAAGGAUAAAACAGCAAGAUCAAAAAUAUAUAAGGAAAUGAAAGCUUUUCUACCUAAUAUUACAGAUUUACGCUAUUUUGAAUUGACUUGUAUUCUUAUGAAUGAUAACAUGUCUUCUAACACUAUUUUACAUGAUUAUUCGUCUAGCCACCCCAUAAUUGCCUCCGGCAAGAUGUUAACUGAUGACUACUAUAAAUGGUAUGCCGAAUUGGAUGAUUUAUCAACUCCUUUGACUGAUAAAAUUCGUUUGAUCUUAUAUAGAGCAUAUACGGAAGAAACUGGGCUUGAUCCCUGGAUAAACUCUGAAACUUCUGAAUCUAAACAAAUCAAAGAAGAUGCAGAUGAUUAUAUGAGUCAUGAAUGUGUUAUCAAAAUUUCUAAAUUUCCAGAAGAUAAAGAUAUAAUCCAUGAUGCAGUACAUAAACGCUUCCCUUUCUUGACAUAUACCAAUUCUAAUGCAUGGCAUCGAGAUGUAUUUAAAUAUACUAACUUGAAAGCUAAAUGUCCGAUAUGCAAAGAUGUACAUACGCGUUUAGGUAUAUGGGGUGACUGGAGCUAUCUGGCUUACUGGAAACUCAGGUAUCAAACAAAAUCAGUAACUCACCAAUUCAUCCAAACAAAACCCACCUAUAUCAAUAUGCCAUCGAACAUGGAAUGGAUCCCAGUUAUUACAGAGGCUGAGAAAAAAAGAUGGACCAUGGGAUGCUUCCGUGGUGACCUGGAGAGAGAUAUGCGCUGUUAUCAAGAUGGAAUAAAGAGGAAGGAAGACCCUAGAAAAUAUCAUAAAUUUUUAACAGAUCGGGAUAGGCUGAUCGGUGAAGAAUUAUUACGUCGCGGUAUACUAAAGAGCGGUUUAAGUACUACAUGGCUUGAUGAUCUUAUGGAAGAAUGGGAAAAAACUUAUAAUCAAUUCGUACAAAUUUUUAACUAG